CAUGCGUACCACACCGCAUCUAUAUAAUCCUUCAUUGGCGACUGUUGCCUUGUUUUAACAUCUAGUUGUGCUCUACCCUCGUACCGGACAUGAUCUCCGUAAAGUUGAUUAUUGUUGGUGUUGCGGGAUUGAUAACGUACGUCGGAGCUGAUAGCGCGGGGAUAGUGGAGAUGACUGAUGGUCUGGCUUACGGUGGAAUUCCAUAUGGCAGUGUAUCCGGGAUGCUGGCUAAAUAUCAGAGCCCCGUCGGGUCUACAAAUUAUUACCAGUUAAAUCAAUACCCGUAUCGACCGCAGAGACCGCAACCUCAAACCUCAUCACCAAUUAUUGUAACACCUAAUGUACGCGCUGCAGGUUUAGCCGCGAGAAGUGCCGGACCCUUUCAAAUCUACAAUUUACCCGGUGUUAUCGCACCCGGAGUUGUCGGUACAUUCAGCCAAAUCGGAUAUUAAUCCCCACAAUUACGUUAUUUCAAUGACCUAAUUAAGGCUGCUCUCAGGAGCAAUCAGUGCCACUCUAAUACCUUUUAAUCCCAUAAUAAACGACGCGAAUAAUCGAGUGCAAGAUGCAGCGAGAGAAAACGAUUCUUCAGAUUCAAAUUCUUCAUAACUCCUCAAUAUUUAUUUACAGAUGUUACCUAUCAAUAAAAUCUGCAUCCACAUA